GUCGUGAGAUCAUUUAAGUCUAUCGACAUGAAGACAUUUAUAUUGUUGGCGUUCGCCGUGGCAGCAUGCAGGGCUGGUUUUGAAGGAUACGACAAUGGCGGGGGACACGGCCAAGGCGAUAACGGCGGUUACCAAUAUUCCGCACCUUUGGUCAGCAACGGUGGUCACGACUUCUCAGGCGGUCAAGCAGACUUCAGCGGUCACGGACAAGACUUUUCCGGCGGUCAUGGUCAAGACUUUUCCGGCGGACAUGGGCAAGGAAACGACUACACUCUAGCCUUAGCACAAGGACAGGAUUACGGUCACGGGCAACAGGGAUUUGAUUUAGGCGGUCACGGUCAAAGCUUCGACAUCGGGCACGGGCCAGUACUAAAUAAUUUUGUUGGCGGAGAUUCCUAUUUACAAGCGGCUCAUGAUUUGGGAAACCAAUUCGAUGGGCAUCAAGGUGAUGUGAGCGGGCCCGAACAUCAAGAAGGCCACGGCGGUGAUGGUAACGGUCACGGUCAAGGAUUUAUCCUAGAAGAUGGCGGUCAAGAAUACGGACACGGAGGCCACGAUUUCAGCAACGUAGAAGCUAUUCCUGUUGGUGAACACGUCGAUGAAGAACAUCCCGUCGAAGUGCCAAACUACAAGCACGUCACUGUACCCAUUCAUAGGCCACUGCACGUAAAUGUACCCAAGCCUAUUCUUAUUGGAGUGCCGCAGCCUUAUCCAGUCAAAGUUCCCGUACACAAGCCUGUAGCUGUGCCGGUGGAGACUGAAAUUUCUAUUCCCAUUGAAAAGGUUGUUCCGUACCCAGUUGUGAAACAUGUACCCUACCCCGUUGAGAAGCAUGUACCCAUUAGAGUAGAGAAGACUGUACAUGUUCAUGUACCCCAACCUUACCCCGUUAAGAUCCCAGUAUAUAAAACAAUCCAUCAUCAUAAAGGUCACCAUUGACUCAGAUGAUACUGCCAUGCGUUGUAAAUAUUGUUUUAAUCCUUAAUUUUAAGUCAUUUUCAACUGUCUUCAUGUUGUAGUUGAUUUAUUUAUUUUGUUAAGUUUGUUGACUGUUUGUUGUUAUAUUGUGUUGUUGUUUCGUGUUUAAUAAACUUUGUUAU